AUGAAUUCGAAUUUAUAUUCCAGCACUAUCAGAGAAAUUAAAGAAGAAAGGCAGUGUAUAACCAAAUUAGAUUGCUUGGUUAAUGAGAUUAAUAUUAUGACUCCUAAUGAUGUAGAAAAAUAAUGUCUUAAUUCUCUAAAAGACCCAAAAAAAACUUCUAAUCUGAUCGAAUCUACCAAUAAGGUAAUGUGAAGAAUUAUUUUAGCAACUUUAAAGGAAAGACUCUAUAGCAACAAAGAUUUUUAAGAAUGUAGAACGUUUAAAAAAGGAAAAACAAAAAAAUAAAGAUUUUCGAAUAAAUUCAUAGUCUUGUAUUUAACCUGAAAAUGAAAUGUAAUUUAAUUAGAGAAGGGUAGUAAGCUUAGAGAAUGAUAAUAAAUAAAAAUCCCAUAUUUGCUAAAUUUCAAUUCCUAAAUCAGUAAAGCAAUUGAAAACCGAUUUAUUUAAAGCUAAGAAACAAAUCAAUAUUAGAUAAGUACCUAAAUUAAAAGAAAGAUGCACAUUUAUAAAAGAAUUAUUUUUUAUCAGCACUAUUAAGGCAAUAAUUAUUAUUUAUUAAAACAUAAUAAAAUAUCACAAAACAGUCGAUAUUAAGGAUUUGCCAUAAUUAUCUUCACAGGAUCAAAUAGAAUAAUAUAGUGCAGAAUAUGUAAAUUAGAUGAGAUAAGACUUGAAACUCAAAAUAGAUUUUAGCUUUUAUAAUUUAUUCUUUUGGAAAUUUAAUUCAUGUUUUACUCUAACAAUGUUAAUAUUAGGAAUGAUUGAAUCAAAUUCUAAUUUUAUUAUUUCAUUAUUAUUGUACAAUAUAAUAGAAAAUGUUUAAGAUGGUAAUAAAGGAGCAGCUUAAUUGAAUGCAUUAUAUUUAACAUUCCUAUCAAUAAUUACUAUAAUUGGAAGACAUUACCAAUAGUAAAAAUAUUAUUAAUAAAUUAUAGUAUAUAAUUAAGUAAAUUUGGAGGGAAACUUAGAUAAAUCUUAAUGUAUAUAUUGAUUGAAAAAAUCUCAACAUUAUCAAAUUGUUCAAUUUAGAAAUCAAAUUCUGGUUCCAUUUUAAAUAUAAUAUGUAGUGAUUUAUCAACUUUGGAAUGGUAAUAUGGAUAUAUCUAUUGUAUACCAAUUGUUCCAUUUUCAUUAUUAUGUUCUGGUUGGAUUUUGUGGGUAAGAAUUAUUUGAUUUUUUAGCUCUAAUUUUAAGGACCUUAUGGUUUGAUGGCAGUUUUAAUUUGUGUGAUUACAUAUCCAACACAAACAAUAAUUUAAAAGUGUAUUUAAACUAAAAUAAAAUUGUUGAAAGAAUACUAAGAUUUAAGAUUAAAAUAACAAACUAAUUUUUUAGAUAAUAUUUAAACAAUCAAAAUGUAUUGUUGGUAAGAGACUGUAAGAUAAAUGAUAUUAAAGACUAGAUUUUUAGAAUGGAAGCAACAUAUUUAAAUAUAAAUUUUAACUUUAAUAGAUAGAUCUAUAAAUUAAUCAAUAAAUAUAUGGGGUUCCUUUUUAUUUUUAAUCAUUAUAUAUAAUUUAGGAAUUCCUUUAAAUUUAUAAAAGGUUAUAUUAACUAUAUAAUUAAUGGGUUCAAUAAGAUAUUAUUGUGUACAUUAAGUUUCAUAUGGAUUAAAAGCAAUUAUUAAUUUAAAUGUUAUUUUUAAAAGAAUUAAAGAUUUUACAAAGAUUGAACCACUUUUUGCUCAGAUUCUUGAAUUUUAGAAUGAUCAUCCAAAUGUUAAUGCUUAAAGUUAUCUUGAAUUAUCUAGUAACAAAGAAAUGAGUUAAUUUUCAUUAAUAAAAUUAUCAGAAAAAGCAAAUCAAUAAACUAAACCAAGUUUUCAAAUAUUGUAAGAUGAAGCAAUUUCAAUUCGUUCUGUUUAUUGUUAUUGGGAAUUAUAAAGAUUACCAUUGUUAAAAAAUAUCAAUUUUAUUGCCAAUAGAGGAUAAUUAAUAAGUAUUAUAGGUAAAACUGGAUCAGGUAAAACUACAUUUCUAUAAUUGAUAUUAAAAGAAAUUCCAUAUAUUUAAGGAUAAUUAGAAUUUACAGAUAAUCUGACAUUUGGUUAUGUAGAAUAAGAACCCUUUAUAAAUCCAACUACAAUAAAAGAUAAUAUUUUAUUUGGAAGAGAAUACAAUAAAGAAUUAUUUGAUGAAGUAUAUAUUUUAAUAAAUAUUGAUAGGUUUUGAAAGCAUCUAAUUUUUUAUCAGAUCUAAAUGAUCUCCCAGAAUCUGAGAAUACAGUAAUUGGAGAUAAUGGGGCAACUCUUUCAGGAGGUUAAAGAGCAAGAUUAAGUUUAGCAAGAGCUCUAUAUGCUAUGCCAAAUGUAUAUUUAUUUGAUGAUCCACUAUCAGCAGUAGACUCUAAAGUUGCUAAACACAUUUUUUCUAAAGCAAUCUAAUAAUUUAUCUUUUAAUAUUAACCAACUAAAAGAAAUAAUCAUCCAAAUCCAAUUGUAAUUAUGACUACUCAUCAAUUAUCAUAUGCAUUGAAAUGUGAUUAUAUAGUUGUUUUGGAAGAUGGUUAGAUCAUAUGUUAAGGAAGGGCUAGUGAUGUUGGGUUGUAGAUAGAAAAGAUUUUAAAUGUUUAACCUGUAGAAAUAAAUGAAAAUAGUUAAAAUAAUAGAUAAUAAUUAUCUUGUGAUGGUAAGAAGAAAUCAAAUAAUUUCAAUAUUUAUUAUAAUCAAACAAAUCUUUUGACUCCUAAUGAAUAAGUAAUAAAAACUAUUAAAAAGUUGAUAUUAUAUGUAACUAGAUCUAAAUUGUUAUUAAUUUUAUCUUUAAAUAUAUUAACUGAAAUAAUAAGAAAUUUAUUUUAUAGAUUGCUUACUUUAAAUGCAGAUGAUGAAGGUAUUAAGAAAUAUGCUUUAAUGAUAUCAAUAUUAGUAAUAACUCAUUUAAUUAAUAAUGUAUUGAAAUAUUCAAUUUGUAGUUAUGUAAUUUUAGAUAUGAAUAAUGAAAUAUUUUCAAAAUCAAUGUAAGCUUUGGCUCAUGGAAAAAAAUCAUUUUUUGAUAAAUAACCAAGUGGUAUUAUAAUCAAUAAAUAUUCAACUGAUUUAUCUAUUUUAGAUAAUCAAAUGCCAAUAGUUUUGAUUGAUAUAUUUGAAGAUGGUUGUUAAUUCAUAGUAUCACUAUUAAUGAUUGGAUUUCUUUAACCAUUCUUUUUUUUACCUAUAAUGCUUACAUUAUUUUUAAGUUACAUUUUGUUCAAAACAGUUGUUCAAAUUCUAUCUUAAUUAAAAAUUAAUGAUUUAUCAUAAAGAGCUCCUUAAUUAUCAUAAUUUAAGAUAUAUAUUUAAGGUUUAACUCAUUAUCGAUUAUCUAAUUAAUUUAACUAAUUAAAAUAGAAAUUUUUUAUUUUAGCUAAUAAUAGUUUUUAAUCAAAUUACAUUUAUCAUUAAACUCAGAAAUGUUUUUCAUAGUAUGUUGAUUUGAUAGCAUUAUUUACAAAAACUUCUGGAACGUAUCUAAUAAUUGCAUUUAUUGAAGAUAAUUCAUUAUUUUCACAAGCAUUAUUAUUAUUAUAAUCAUUUCAUGCCCAAAAUACAUUACUUAGAUAAUUGAUGGAAUUAAGUGGACUUUUCAAUUCAUAUGAAAGAUUAUUAGAUAUUUAAUAAAUUGAUAAGGAAAAGGAUGAUGAAACAAUUAGUACAGUAUUACCACGUGCUUGGCCAAAGUAAGGUAGUAUUGUAUUAAAGAACUUAUCAUUGUAAUAUUAUGCCAAUUAAUAACCAGUCUUAAAAAAUAUUGAUUUAGAAAUUAAACCAGAAGAGAAAAUAGCAUUUGUUGGAAGAACAGGUGCUGGUAAAUCAUCUCUUAUUUCUGCAUUAUUCAGAUUAGUUGAUAUUGGAUCUGAGAGUUCUAUACUUAUAGAUGGUUGUAAUGUUAGGGAAUUAUCAUUAAAUCAAUUAAGAAGAGCUUUGGCUAUAAUACCAUAAUAACCCCUUUUAUUUUAUGGAUCUAUAAAAUAGAAUUUAGAUCCAUAAAAUUUGUACACUGAUUUAGAUAUUUGGAAGGCAUUAUCAGAAGUAAAUAUUGAUGGAAUGAUUGAAUAAUAGAAAUAGUUAUUGAAUUGUAAUGUUAUGGAUCUGAAUUUAUCAGCUGGAUAAAAAUAAUAAUUGUGUUUGGCAAGAGUAAUUUUGAUGAGAAGGAAGAUCUUGAUUCUUGAUGAAGCAUCUGCUAAUAUUGAUAUUUUAACAGAUGAAGCUAUUUAAGAGAUUAUUCGAUCUAAAUUUAUGGAUUGUACUAUACUUACAAUUGCACAUAGAUUAAAUACUAUUGCAUAUUAUGAUAGAGUAAUAGUAUUAGAGAAUGGGUAAAUUGCAGAAUAGGGUAAUCCUUUUGAAUUACUAAGUGAUGAUUAUAAUGCUGAGUGUAUCAAUAAGAAAACUAAAUUUGCAGAGAUGGUACUUGAAACUGGGAAUAAGAAUGCUCAACAGAUUUUUGUAAUGGCAAAAGAAUCAUAUUAUAUUAAAUAAUUAAAAAAGAAAUAAAAAUCUAAAAUUUGA